CCUCAGCCCCGACACACACAUACUCACACCUACGCCGCAGACAGCGCUCUUCCCUCCGCCAUGGCCCUGCUCAAGACGGUGACGGUCCUGUGCGUGCUUUUGGCGGCGGCAGCGGCGAUACCCGUUCCCGCCCCCGUCCCCAAACAAGUGCCGGAGACGCUGGAGGCAGAGGCCUCUUUCGGCCUGGGCUACAACUACUACGGCUUCGGCCUCCCCUACUACGCCACCUACCCUUAUGGCUACGCGUACCCUUACGGUUAUCCUUACACGUCUCUGUAUGCCUACCGCUACCGCCCAUAUGGACUCUGGUAAACGCCUGACCUCUGAAACGGCUGAAGUCUCGACUGCUACCGUGACUGACUAGGACAACUAACGCCACAAUGUACCUGUGAUUUUUAAUACGAUGCCAAUAAACCUACACAUAUAACCAGCAG